CGUUGCCCGGGUGAUGUCGCGGGAACUGACUGAAGUAGAGACACUUUUACAUCGUUUAAUCUGAUGGAACCUUCGAUAACUGCCUUUUAACGUCAGUUUCCAGCAGCUGAUGGAGGAAACACCGUCAGCAUGUCUCACCGACUGACCAAAGAAGAGCUGGAUGCUCAGUUCGAACAGUUCCUGAAAGAGUCUGUCUCAGACGACUCGUUGGAUUUUGGUGGUCCUGACAAGCAGCUCGUCUCUGCGUCCAGCCAGAAAUCAGCUCCGAAAGCAGCGGCGUCGUGGUGGCAAGAUGAGCAGCACAGCAGCGGAGAAGCAGAGAGAGAGGCGACCAAACGCAGGUUUCUCAAAGCCAAAAAGACUCAGCCGGAAGAAAACCAGGACGUGAAUGUGGAGACGUUAGAUAAACCCGUCCCCAGACCGGGCUGCGUGGCCCCGGACGAGCCGGUCCAGUCUCCCUCAGACUGGAAGUCUAAGAGCCGGAGAGCCUCGUCCGAAGAGUCGGACAGAGGGAGCGUCCCCUCUCAGGACGGGGACGGGGACGGGAGCCCCGGGCAGACCAGUGGACGUCCUCCAGCCGGCUCUGGCAGCGGUCCUGAUGGACUGGGAAAGACCUUCAGGAAGUCUCUGAGGAAGACUCCGCCGAUCCGAGAGGAGGAAGAAGAUCCAGGAGAAUCCAGCCUGGAGGCAGCGUUCCUCACCAGAGAAACCGACGACUCGGCGGCGGCUCUGAAGAGGGGCAGCGUGGGUCCAGACACUCUGGAGGAGGAGGAGGAGAAGGCCCGGUUCUUCUCCCAGCUGGAGGCCGGAGCCUCGUCCACCAUAGAUUACUCCAGACUGAACAGAGGCCUGGACUCCACCGGCUCCACCGGCAACCUCAGGAAGGCAGAGGAAGCAGAGCAGCGGAGCGGGGAGGCUGCAGCUCCGGACAGCAGCAGACCGUCUUCAGGCUCGCCUCACUACAGCGAGGACUUUGAAGACGAGGAGACAGUGAAAGAGCCAGAGGACCAGAAGCUCAAAACGUUUCCUAAUCUUGCCAGAGUUUCUCUUCAUGACUCUCUGGAGAGUCCGGGUGCAGAGGACAGACGGAAGGACACGGCAGCGUCUGUGGACAAAGCUCCGUCCUACGUGCAGAGCGGCGGCUCGGAGAUGGAGGCGCUUCAGGAGGCGUACCGGCAGCUCCACCGGGCGGAGGCCUCAGAGGAGAGGGACUCCGCCCGCCGGGCGGACGCCUCAGAGGAGAGGGACUCCGCCCACCGGGCGGACGCUUCAGAGGAGAGGGACUCCGCCCGCCGGGCGCCGUCUUCUCCGUCCUCUCCUCGACACACCCAGCAGGCUCUUCAGCCGGCUUCCACCAGCGAGUCGGAGUUUCCCACCGCGGAGGAGCUGAUGAAGCGCGUCAGACUGGAGGACGAGCCGAGCCGGGGCUUCAGUGUGCGGCCGCCCAGCUCUGUGGGGCUCGACCAGGACCAGGACCAGGACCAGGACCAGGACCAGACUCCUCUUCCACUGAGAGAGACUUUCUCAGGCGGAGCUCUGUCCCAGUCCGGACUGGCGAAGCCACCGGGACAGGCCGGCCUCGCUGCGAGGCUCCUGGACACCGGGGGAGCCCCGGGACCCGGAUCCCGGUCUCCGGAGCCUCUGAGCCGGGACCUGACGUGGAGCAUCCGGCAGGAGGUGGAGCGGCUGAUGCAGGACCAGACCGGCUCUCCUGAGGCGGCGGCUCCCGGCGGCAGAGCGAAGAGGCAGCCGGCGUCCACGGUUUCCCGCCCCAGCUCCUCUUCGGCGAGGAAACCCGGCGUAAGAGGACGGCCGGAGGACUGGAGACCAGCAGCUCCGGCACAGAAAACCCAGAAAACCCAGAAAACCCAGGCCUGUGUUUCCCCACGAGUCCAGCAGCGGCCGCAAAGAACCAGAGCCUCACCCGGCAGAGAAACCCAGCAGGCUGCAGAUGUGGAUCUGAGGGCGAGCAGCGAGCUGGUGGCGUCCGUCCAGUCCUUAGUGAGCGUCCUGCAGCAGCAGAUUGAGGCCGUGCAGCCGGCCGGUCCUCCAGCGAGCAGCAGGGACGUGGCGGAGGAGCUGAGAGUCCAGCUGGCUCUGAAGGAGGAGGAGCUGCAGAGCAGCAGAGCAGCAGAGCAGGAGCUCCAGUCGCUCAGACAGCAGAACUUCCUGCUGCAGAGUCAACUCCGCGGUGCAGAGGAGGCCCGUCAGAAGCAGAGGCUGCAGGCUGCAGAUCCGGCUGCAGAGCAGCGGCUGCAGCAGCUGGACGGAGAGCUGAGACAGCAGGAGGCGCUCAUCAGAGGAUACCAGCAGGAGAACGAGAAGCUGUACCUGCAGAUGAAGGCUCAGCAGCAGAGGAGCAGGGCCACCGAGGACGCCAUGUUCAGGGAGAACCAGCGGCUGCUCGGCGAGCUGGCCUCGGCCAGGGAGCAGCUGAAGAGGAGCUGGAGGCCUCCGGGGAGUGUGUGUCUCCUGGACCACACUCAGCGCAUCGCCGAGCUGCUGGAUCAGAUCCAGACCCUGCAGACCAACGAGGCCAAGCUGUCCCGGGACCUCCACAGCCUGCAGGUGGAGAAGCGAGCUCUGGAGGUGGAGCUGCAGCUGGUGAAGAGGGAGAGGGAGCUGGCUCAGGUCCAGACCGCCUCAGGUGACCGCGGUCUGGAGGCGAGGCACCAGGAAGAGGUGGAGGCCCUGAAGAAGAAGCUGCAGUGGUUCACCGAGAACCAGGAGCUGCUGGACCGGGACGCCGGCAGGCUGAAGGCCGCCACCGCCGAGGUCCUGCAGCUCCGGGAGCAGGUGGAGAAGCUGAAGGAGGAGGUGGGGAGGAGCAGCGAGCAGCAGAGGCGGAGCCGAGUGAAAGGCGUGGACAGCAGGAGGCUGCAGGAGCUGCAGAAACAGGUGAAGGAGCUGGAGCUCAUCCUCCGCAGCAGGAACCCCAGCUCGCUGCCCGCCCUCAUCUACGCCGCGGCGUCCGCCGGCCGGGAGGAGGCGGGGGUCACGGCGCUGCUGGAGCGCCGGGUUCAGCGCCUGGAGGCGGAGCUGGAGAGCCACGACGAGGAGGCCAAGCGCAGCCUGCGCAGCAUGGAGCAGCAGUUCGACAGGAUCAAGCUGCGGUACGAGCAGGAGAUCUGCGAGCUGGAGCAGAAGCUGCAGCAGCAGCAGGAGGGAGCAGCAGCAGCAGCCGGGUCCGGGUCCGGGUCCGGGUCCGGGUCCGGGUCCGGGUCCUGGGCUUCAAAGCUUCAAGCUGCUGAAGAAAAGCUGCAGCUGCAAAAACAGAAGCAUGAGGAGAAAGAGCGGCGUCUCCGGGAGCAGCUGGAGUCGCUCCAGCAGCAGCUGAAGCUCAGGGUGGGUGUCGAGGACGGAGGAGCCCCGGCAGCCCGCCGGUCUUCUUCAAACCCCCCCUCCGCUCCGCCCUGCUCUCUGCAGCCUCCGCCCAGCCCCAGCAGACACCAGCGCCACGCCCAGCAGGCCUUCGCCGCCCGCCUGGAGCGCCUCAACCAGCAGCUGGGCGUCAAGACGCGCUGCGUCCAGGAGCUGCAGCGCACCGUGGAGCGGCUGCAGAGGGAGCGCCGCAGCAUGCUGUCCGGGCCCCGGAGGGAGCCCGGCCCCCCCGCCGCACCCUGCGCCCCCGCGCCACCGCAGGACGCCUUCCCCUCCGCCGAGUACCUCAAGGCCUACCAGCCCACGGUCUUCACAGGCAGCCACGUCUCGGAGGUGCUGCAGGAGAAGGAGGCGCUGCAGCAGCAGCUGGAGCAGGAGCAAGAGGCCCGCCGGGCCGAAGCCCAGCGAGCCCAGGACGAGCUGAGCAGGAUGAAGGAGCAGAUGUCCUCCAUGAGGGCGGAGCACCAGAGGGCCCUGGACCACCUGCGGACCGCCCACGCCGUGCAGCACUCGUCCUCCAGGCUGGCAGAGCUCUCCAACCAGCUGAGCGCUCAGGAGAUCGCCAUGGCUCACCUGCAGGAGCAGCUGACGGAGCUGCGGGGCGUCCGAGAGGCCCUGGCGGUGUCCCGGACCCGGGAGGAGGCCCUGCAGCAGCAGGUCGGCCGGCUGAUGCAGCAGCUGAAGGACGCGGCGGACGCCCAGAGCCCCGAGGGCCGCCUGCUGUGCGGCCUGGAGAGGAAGAUCGUCUGCAUGGAGCUCCGACACCGGCAGCGGGAGAAGGAGCUGCAGCAGGUGAUCGGGGGCUCCAGGCAGACGGCGGCUGGCCACCAGUCGGAGGCGGAGCGCUGGCAGCAUGUGGCUGAGCAGAAGAGCAGAGAGAUCGAAGCUUUCCGGCUGGAGCUGGACUCCAUCCUGGACAUCCUGAGACACCUGCAGAGACAGGGGGGCGUCGGCCACGGUCCUCAGUCCGUCCCCCAGAGGAGCUGAUCCCACCUCUUUAUGUUUGAUGAUCAGACUGUAAUGAACUGAAGACUCUCAGGGACUUCCUACAUAUUUAUUGAAGGAGAGGAAAUAAACUCACCAGCAGCUUUGAAAACACUCCAUUCCAGAGAUCCGAAGAGCUCAUGUCAGGAUCAGAAAUGGUUUUCAGUGUAAAGUGAAAGUACGUUUUUGUAAAGUUUUGGGAGAAUUAAAUAAAUGAAACUGUUCCUCAGUUUGUGGGAAAAG